GUUGUGCACAAUAGAUUUUAGUAAAAAAUUAGUCGAAUUAUUAUUACGUAGAACUUCCCUCUCCACUGAAUUAAACUAAUCUAGUUUUUUAUAAAAAGCAACCUAGAUAAUAGUUACUAGUAACAAUGUAAGAAAAAAAGUGAUCUAUGAGGGGAUCGAACCGGUGAUCUUCGAGUUAUUAGCACCCACCUAACCAUUUGAAUCAUCGAGCGCUCAUGGAACCUUUCCCUUUUAUUAGAAUAAAAAGUUAUGCAAUUUUGAUGUUUAAACCACAAGUACAUGGUAUGUUAUAUUAUAAAAUUUAAAUAGCAUUUACCAUGAAACAUUUUGAGAUCACAUCAUCAAAUGGUGGAUGGAGUUCAAAUAAACCUAAUAGCCUUGUUUGUCCCUAACAAGGAUUGGAUUAGCAUUAGUGCAUUCGAGAAUUUGACGUACAUAGAUCUUGAGCAAUUUAGAGAUGAUUUAUUUAGGGCCGUUAUUGAAGCAGCAAAUAAGAUUGGUGCCUACCGAGCGGUUCGGCCCAAAUUCAUGAUGCCUCAGCAGGAAUGAUGUUCAAGAAGGAACUUCAUCAUAGAAUUCUAUAAAAUAAUAGGUUUUACAGUUACUGUUUUCCAGUCAUUGUGGAGUUCGCCGCUGGUAAAUGACUGUUGCAUGAACAGAAUCCAGGGCUUAAACAGAGAAAGCGUACAUUCUUCAAAAGGGCAGCGCUCAAGAAUCCGGGUAGUUUUCUUGAACUUUCGGAGUCUAGUGUAUAUUUCUUCCUCAAGGAACUCAGCAUUGGUUAGAGAGGCUGUACAUCUGUUUGUGGAAACUGUUGUAUAUUCAGUAUUCACUCUUCAGGAAAUCUCUUAAUGUUUAACAAAUUAUUUAUUCUUAAUAACCAAUUACACAAAAGGGGUACUGAUCAUCUUAACGUCUAACAUCUGACCUAACUCUCUAUUCGUAUUCUAAAGCUGGCUUUACCCUCUCGUGUUGGUCUCAUAGUUUGUGGUGUUGGGGCAUCUAGUAUCGCCUUGACUUUUUCGCUGUCUUUUUUUAGAUGUUCUUUGGUAACUGUAAUGUAUUAAUUAAGGCGUAGAUUAAGUGUACAGUAGGUUAAGUAGGAAGUAGGUCAAUAGUAAGAUGUUAUGGAAUGCGACUGCGCAUAGCGUAGGUACUGAUGUUUCUUGGAAGGACUCGUUCUCUUUGAGACAGACAGUCGAAUAGGUAAGACAUAAACUUGCAAGCCGUUUAAUAAACACAAAUCAACACGUGCUCGUUUUGUUAAUACUUAUCACUGGCGACGAGGAUUAAAAAGAAGAACAACGAAGAUGAUUGGUUCGAUACAAAAUUUCAAUCCACGUGUGGACAGCUGGAUUUUAUACCAAGAACAGCUCGAGCAAUACUUCGAAAUAAAUGACAUCAAGGACACGGAAGCAUCUAAGAAGCGAGUAGCGGCGUUGAUCAGUUUAAUUGGCCAAGAUACUUACAAGAUACUCAGAGACCUGUGCACACCAAAAGCCCCUAAAGACAAGACGUACGAAGAACUCUGCAACCACUUGAAGAAGCAUUUUUCUCCGACCACGUGCGUUUUCAGAGAGAGGUUAGAAUUCUACGACGCGAAGCAGUUGGAAGAAGAGACCGUGAACGAUUGGCACGUGCGAAUACACAAUCUCUCAACGAAUUGCGACUUCGGUGCGGACCUGGGGAACGUCCUCAAAGACAAAUUCGUGUGCGGUAUGCGAAAGGGCCCAAUUCGAGACCGACUGUGCGAGGAAAAGCCGAGCAAAUCACUAGAAAAUCUCUUGGAAAUCGCACUAGCGAGAGAAACCACCAUCAAGGCUGACAAGGAGAUUAAUCUGGUCCGAAAAGAAAGGUGGAAUCCAGAAUUUUCGGGCAGCGCAAACAACACGUCAGGAGUACUCGAAGGACGCAGAAAUGGGAACAAUCCAAGGAGGUGGUCUUGUAAAGCAUGUGGAGCCGCACAUACAGGGAACCAGAGGUGCAAAUACGCAACGUACAAAUGCAACUCUUGCCAUAAAGUGGGUCAUUUAGCCAAGGUCUGUAGGUCAAGAGCUACACAAAACGCCAUAGAAGCGGAAGAAGAUUUUGAAUAGGCACAAAUUUUUAAUUUAGACUUUCAAGUGGAGGAACCAAUGAAGCUGCAGAGCAAUUGGGAUGUUACAAGCACAGGACGAUUAUACUAGAACUAAAAUCCGACAGCACCCAACCCAUUUAUCAUAAACCUAGAGCCC